GGCGCAGUAAAACAAUCUCGUCGCUACAAACCCGGCACCGUCGCUCUACGCGAGAUCAGAAAGUACCAACGCAGUACCGAUUUGUUGAUUCUGAAAUUGCCAUUUGCCAGACUCGUCAGAGAAGUCUGUAUAUCCAUGGCACCAGCCGGCUCAGGCAUCUACCGCUGGCAAAGCCAAGCCAUCAUGGCACUACAAGAAGCCGCCGAAGCCUUUUUGGUGCACCUCUUCGAAGACACGAAUCUAUGCGCCAUCCACGCGAAACGAGUCACCAUUAUGCAAAAAGACAUUCAGCUAGCAAGGAGAAUCAGAGGUGCUUGGGGUGGUCUGGGUUAG